GUCGCACCAAUAGUCGAUGGCGGGCUGAUAACGCGCAUCAAUGAUCUUUAAGUCAUGCAGAGGUUUAAGUGCUUAUUGAAAAGUUACAAUAUUUCCCCGUCUCCCUGAAAUUUCUCCUGUUCGAAAAAAAGGGAGUUGUUGACCGUUGCCGACCAUGCCGCUCUCCCCGGUGUCUGUCUCCGAUGAGCCAGUGACUCCCGCCGGCCGCCUUUUUCUAUCGCCGGAGUUUGACACCAUCAUCCACUGCAUCAUCCGUGGGAAAGACCCCAUCAAUAUAGAUGCUUUGAAAUCAACUAUUGCGUCGUCGCUCAUGCUCAAGCACCCCAGAUUCAGCAGCCUCUUGAUGCGGGACCGGCACGGGCGGGAGUACUGGAAGAGAACGCAGGUUGACCUCGACCGACACCUCAUUGUAAUCAACAAUCGGAUCGAGUCUGUGGGUGAUUCCAGCGCCGGUGAAGAUGAUGAGGAGGAGGCGGCGGUGAACCAGUACGUGGCGGAUUUAUCGGUCAGCACUCCACUGAGCGCGGAUAAACCUUUGUGGGAACUUCACCUCCUGAUGGUCCAUAGGUGCGCUGUGUUCCGGAUUCAUCACGCGCUGGGGGACGGGGUCUCGCUGAUGUCGAUUCUGUUGGCGUGUUGCCGGAGAAUCGAUGACCCGGAGGCGCCGCCCACUGUGAUAACCAAGAGAGAUUCAGGUCCCAUGGGCGGGAACUGGUGGGAUAGGCUGUGCAGGGUUUUGAUGAUGUUGUGCUUUACCUUUGUGUUUGCCUUGGAGUUUACUUUGAGGGCCACUUGGCUUCGUGACCGGACAACGGUGAUCAGCGGCGGCGCAGGGGUGGAGCUCUGGCCGAGAAAGCUGGCUACGGCCAAGUUGUCGAUUCAGGACAUGAAAGUGGUAAAAAUGGCUGUCCACAAUGCUAGUUUUAAUGAUGUGUUUUCGGCGGUGGUGUCAUCUGGGAUAUCAAGAUACUUGGAUCACCGGUCACAAAAUGGCUUGCAGAAGGGUCUGUGGAUAACCGGAGAAGCCAUGGUUAAUUUAAGAAAGCAACUUAUGUUAGAGGAUCUACCUAACUUGAUAAAAAGAGGUAACAAAUUCGGUGUGAUGCUCCUUCCUAUUUACUGUCACAAAAGUAGUGGUGAUGAUCCUUUGCAAUAUCUCAAGAGAGCAAAGAAGAUGGUAGACUGUAAGAAACAGUCAUUGGAGGCUGCAUUCUCAUACAAAAUUGGGGAUCUGGCGAUGUCUUGGUUAGGACCAAAGUAUGCUGGCUUUCUUAACUAUAGGAUAGUCUGUAAUACUACCUUUACAAUCUCAAAUGUAAUUGGUCCUCAAGAGCAGAUAGCACUGGCUGGAAACCCAGUAGCUUACAUUCGGGCAAAUACGUCCAGCUUGCCCCAUGCACUCACAAUGCACAUGGUGAGCUAUGCUGGGAGGGCUGAUAUACAACUGUUGGUGGCCAGAGACAUUAUCCCUGAUCCUGGCUUUUUGGCGAAGUGCUUUGAAGAUGCCUUGAUUGAAAUGAAGGAAGCAGCUCUUGCAACUGCUAAAACAUAG